CUGCUGUCAGUCUCCACCCCGGACAUUGCUCUCCUGCCGUCAGCCCCCACCCACCCUUCUCCCGGCUCUUAUAAAGCUAACACGAAUAACAGGCCGUCCUCUCGGGCUGCUCGUUUUCCUCUUGUUGAUGGUUAGACUCUGCGAGAGAAGGAUGAAGUUCCUUGUCGCUGUCACGGUUAUUGUGGGGUCGGUGAUUUUUCUAGCUUUCCCGAAUGGCUCAUCCGCCGACGAGAAGAAGAAAGGCCCCAAAGUAACUGCGAAGGUGUUUUUCGACAUUAAAAUUGGAGAUGAAGAUGCUGGAAGAAUUGUCAUCGGCGUGUUUGGGAAAACUGUUCCCAAAACGGUCGACAACUUUGUCGCACUGGCGACAGGAGAGAAAGGAUUCGGUUACAAGGGCAGCAAAUUCCACAGAGUCAUCAAGGAGUUCAUGAUCCAGGGUGGAGACUUCACCAGAGGAGACGGCACCGGAGGCAAGAGCAUCUAUGGAGACCGCUUCCCCGAUGAGAACUUCAAGCUGAAGCACUACGGCGCUGGAUGGCUCAGCAUGGCCAACGCCGGCAAAGAUACCAACGGCUCCCAGUUCUUCAUCACCACGGUUCAGACUCCGUGGCUGGACGGCAAACACGUUGUUUUCGGAAAAGUUCUGGAGGGAAUGGAUGUGGUGAAGAAGAUCGAGAGCACAAAGACAGAUGGCCGCGAUAAACCUCUCAAAGAUGUCAUCAUCCACGAUUGUGGCAAAAUCGAGGUGGAGAAGCCAUUCGCAGUGGCCAAGGAGUAGAGCGCUGCUCAGGGGGGGAGAACAGGAAAAAGAGGACUGGGGGAUGUUGAGGGGAAAUCGUGCAGGCCACUUUGUUUUAUCACUGACAGCCCUGUGGUCCUGGAGAAGGGGCUUUGGGUCAUUCUGUGUCAGUGGCUGCCGUCUUAACGCACCAGAAGAGCAUUAACAUCGAGCAAUCAUGCCGACACUCUGGGUCCAUUUACCAACGAGCAUUCCAAGGUGCACUUAACUGUUCGUUGUUGUUGUUUUUUUUUUUUUUUUUUGUAAAAAAAAAAAAGAAAGAAAGAAAGAAAGAAAUCUGAAAUAAAGAUUU